GUUCCGGUGCCGUGCAGCUGCCGGCGGUGUAUGCCAUUCUCCCGGGGUGAUGCGGGCAGAGAGCAGCGGGAACCGGGCAGGGGAUCAGAUCGCGGGGCUCUGUCAUGCUGCGUUUAGUAUUGGUGCCGCUUCUCCAGUUAAUCCAUCUCUCCAACCAAGAUGAAAUUCAUUCGGCCCUCGGGGACAGCUCGACACCUCCGUAUGAUUACGAGAAGAUUAAUCUGCCCGCUGAUCACAUUCCGUACUACCUACACAACAACAGGCACAUAGCGGCUUACUGCAGCCAGGAUCCCCGCUGCCCGUACAGCGAACAUCUGGGUAACCUGAAUUCCUGCUGGGGUUAUGAGAAGUCGUGUAAGGAGAACCAUCGGUUCAGUUACCCCGUUUGUCACCACGUAGACUUUGGUUGGGCAAGGACCAAGGAAGAAGCUCAGGAGAUAUUUUGGAAUCAAGCUGACUUUGGUUAUGUAAAAGAGAGAAAGGCUGAAACCCAAAUAUUGUGUCGUCCCCGGGGGCAGGGGGAUUCACUGUUGGCCUGUUCCAGCUAUCUCCAGCACUGCAGGGCCAAAAACCUGUACCUGGAUUUGAGAAAACCAAGGAGAGGCCAAGACAGGUUUAAGGAAGACUUUUUGCAGAAGGGAGAGAUAGGAGGACACUGUGAUCUCGACUCCGACAAACUGACGUCUCAAGGUCAACGGAAGAGCCCCCUGCAGUCUUGGUUUGCGGAACUCCAGAAUUAUACGUCCCUGAGCUUUAAACCUAUAGAAGACAGACAGUGUGACAUCAUCAUUGAAAAACCAACGUAUUUCAUGAAAUUAGAUGCAGGCGUUAACAUGUACCAUCACUUCUGUGAUUUUGUCAAUCUUUACAUCACUCAGCACGUCAACAAUUCUUUCAGCACCGACGUUCAAAUAAUCAUGUGGGAUACAAGUUUUUACGGCUACGGCGAUUUGUUCACGGACACGUGGAAAGCGUUUACGGACUAUGAGGUCACACACCUGAAAGCGUACGAUUCUAAGAGGGUCUGCGUUAAGGAAGCGGUGUUCGCGUUGCUUCCGCGGAUGAGAUACGGCUUGUUUUAUAACACCCCGCUGAUCUCGAGCUGCCGGAGCGCAGGACUCUUCAGAGCGUUUUCUCAGCACGUGCUGCACCGGCUCAACGUCAAACAGGACACUUUAAAGGAGGAGGCCGUUCGAGUCACCAUACUCGUACGCAGCACGGAGUUUCGGAGGAUACUGAACUUGGAUGAGCUGGUCCUUGCGCUGGAGAAGUUUCCUUUGUUUAAAGUUCAGGUCGUAGAUUACAGGUACAGGCAUAUCGGAUUCCUGGAACAACUGAGGAUCACCCAUAACUCUGAUAUAUUUAUCGGGAUGCACGGCGCUGGUCUCACACAUUUACUAUUCCUACCCGACUGGGCUGUCAUUUUUGAGCUGUAUAAUUGCGAAGAUCAACACUGUUACUUAGACUUGGCACGCCUCCGAGGCAUACAUUAUAUCACGUGGACGGAAAAAGACAAAGUCUUUCCCCAGGAUAAGGGGCACCAUCCGACUCUGGGAGAACACCCCAAAUUUACCAAUUACGCCUUCGAUGUGGGGGAGUUCAUGCGGCUGGUUCACGCGGCAGCCAAAUACGUGUCGGGCCAUCAGAAGUGGCCGCUUAGGAGACGCCACGAUGAGCUUUAAGAUCUGAAACGUCAAAGAUGGUCAACGGUCAGCUCUGGAUCCUCAACGCCCGGACGAAACACCUACAUAUCACGAGGAUUCUGGAUUUUUUUUUUUAUUUUUUUUUUGUAAAUCAAGAUUUUUUUUAUUAUUAAUAUUAUUUUUAUUUGCACAGAGUAUUGAACCCACAUGAAACAUGCUUAUUAGUAUUUAUUAGUA